GUCUAAGUGGUGAGGUCUGAAAAUAUUGUAUGGUUGUGCACCUAUCACAAUGGUUGACCUUCGCAGUGGGAAGAGCACCAUGCCCUAUAGCAAGGCUGAAGAGGAGCAAACCACCGCCAUCCUAAGUGAAAGGGAGGAGAAGAAAGAGCUCAUUAGACAGGCGAAGAUGAAGAUAAUAGCAGAGGAGCAGGCGAAGAAGAAGAAAAAGUUAGAGGAGGAGAUGAAGAGAUUGCAGCAAGAGGAGGAAGAGAGAAUGAAGGCUGCAGUAGAGGAAGAGAUUGAAGAGGAGGAGGAGCCGGAAGAAGAGCCCCUCAGAAUACGAGGCAUGGGGGGAAAAGGAGAGAGUAGUGACACGAAGGAAGAUGAUCCGUGGGUAGAGAAGAGGAUAUCUGGGUGGCUAUUUUAUCGUUAGGAAAGGAUGAGGAGGCGAUGCUAUAUAUAUACCUCAGGAGGAGAAGGAAGCAGCGAUUAGGGAGAUCGAAGCAACGAGUGAUC